GGCUCGCGCGAGGCCCGGGCACAGCUUUCCUGUGUGGUUUCAGCUGCCAGAGAGUCAUGGACUUGGGGAGGCCGAUGAGAAGCCUGCUGGUGGUGGCACUCCUCGUGGUUUUCCAGGUGUGCUUGUGUCAGGAUGAGGUGACAGAUGAUUACCUCGGCGACAAUACCACAGUGGACUACUCGCUCUUCGAGUACGUGUGCUUCAAGAAGGAUGUGCGGAACUUCAAGGCCUGGUUCCUGCCCAUCAUGUACUCGGUCAUCUGCUUCGUGGGGCUGCUGGGCAACGGGCUGGUGGUACUGACCUACAUCUACUUCAAGAGGCUGAAGACCAUGACCGACACCUACCUGCUCAACCUGGCCGCAGCUGACAUCCUCUUCCUCCUGACGCUUCCCUUCUGGGCUUACAGUGCAGCCAAGUCCUGGGCCUUCGGGAUCCACGUCUGCAAAUUCAUCUUUGGCAUCUACAAGGUGAGCUUCUUCAGCGGCAUGCUCCUGCUCCUUUGUAUCAGCAUCGACCGCUACGUGGCCAUCGUGCAGGCCGUCUCGGCCCACCGCCACCGGGCCCGCGUGCUGCUCAUCAGCAAGCUCUCCUGCGUGGCCAUCUGGCUGCUGGCCAUGGUGCUGGCCACCCCGGAGCUGCUCUACAGCGGCCUCCAGAGGAGCAACAGCGACCAGACCUUGCGGUGCUCGCUCAUCACCCAGCACGUGGAAGCCUUAAUCGUCAUCCAGAUAGCCCAGAUGGUGAUUGGCUUCCUGGUCCCCCUGCUGGUCAUGAGCUCCUGCUACCUGGUCAUCAUCCACACCUUGCUCCAGGCGCGAAACUUUGAACGCAACAAGGCCAUCAAGGUGAUCAUCGCCGUGGUCGUGGUCUUCCUGGUCUUCCAGCUGCCUUACAACGGGGUGGUCCUGGCCCAGACCGUGGCCAACUUCAACACCACCAGCAGCAACUGCGAGCUCAGCAAGCAGCUCAACAUCGCCUACGAUGUCACCUACAGCCUGGCCUGCUUCCGCUGCUGCAUCAAUCCUUUCCUGUAUGCCUUUAUCGGUGUCAAGUUCCGCAAUGACCUCUUCAAGCUCUUCAAAGACAUGGGCUGUCUCAGCCAGGAGCAGCUGCGGCAGUGGUCAUCCUGCCGGCACACCCGGCGGGGCUCCAUGAGUGUGGAGGCCGAGACCACCACCACCUUCUCCCCAUAGGCAGCUCCUUUGCCUGGACCAGAGAUUCCCCUCCUGGGGACCCCUGAAAUGGCGACCCCUAGGAAGAAGAUGCAAGGACUCAACCAAAAGCUGCUGCAGGGCAAAGCAGUUCUGGCCACUGCUGUGGACCUCAGAGCAGACACCUGUGCCCCAAAAGACAGCUUACUCCCAACCCUAGCUACCUCAACCAAGGUUGCAAAGAGAUGUGGCUGCUUAAGGCCGGAACCAGCAACACUCCGAAAGCCAAGGUUGUGGUCUCCCAAACCAGAAGCCAGAGGUGAAUGCCAAUUGGCCACCCACACGACUGCUGGAAGGCAGGGGACAGUACAUGCUCUGGCGGUGGACAUGGACUGGUGAAUUCUCCGAAUGACCUAGAAGGAAGUCAUCCCAUACAUACCAGGGCCAUGGUCAGAUCUCCCUGAUCUCUAAGGCCAAGACGCUAGGGAGACCUCCCGGCUUGGUGAGGACAGAAGGGCAUGAGCUGGUUAAGUGACCUCUCUCAGAAUCCCUCUCCCCAUCUCUCCCGUCCCUCUGUUGUCCAUGCCAGUGGGGACCGUAUUUUCCAAACUGUCCUAAGAGCAUAGCCAGCCCUAGGGCCACCUCCUCAAUGGCUCUCCACAGAGGACGGGUGGCGUCUCCUGCGGGUCAGGCCAUGACGCUCCUACCCAAGGCUCCCGAGACAAGACUUGGCCCUGCUGGGACAGUGGAGGGUGACGGCCAGCUGCUAAAGGCCACAAACCAUCCUCUUUGUUCUUUGUCACCGGAACAGAAAAUCUUUCCCUGUGUUCUGCUUUCAAUUCAUUAGGAGAGCACAUCUUACUCACACACGAAUAAAAAAUGUUCCCUUGAGGAAAACAACGACUUUAAAUGAAAGGAUGAUGGGGGGGGGGCGGGGAAUGGCUAAUGUUUGGUAAAUGGCAAGCGAGUGCCGUUGUUCUUGUUUUUGCAGUCGCCCACGCCCUGCCUGAUGGCUCACAGAGUUCCCUGCUCUUUGUCCCCACAUCUCAGGUACACAGGAACACGAGGCCACUGAACUAUACUCUGAGCCUGUGUAGAGACCAAAAGAGGUGGAGGGAGUAGAGGCAGAGAUUCCAUUG